CUCCGUUCUCUUGCGUUCUCCGGCGACCUCUCUGUUCUGAAGCUACUUCCUUCUCCCCCAAACUCUCCAUCCCGAAGUCCUCUCAGUUCCUCUCCCUUCUCUUCGCUUCCGGUCUCCUCCGUCCUUCAAUCAACUCUGCGUCGUUCUCCUCUCCGUCCUUCAAUCUGCUCUGCUUCCUUCUCCUCCGUCCUUCAAUCUGCUCUGCUUCGUUCUCCUCCGAACGGUGCUUCCAUUCUCCUCCGACCACUCCAGGCGCUCUCUGUUCAGACGCUUCUUCCGUUCUCCUCCGAGCUCUCCGCUGCAAUGGCCGGAAAAGGAAGGAAGAAAUUGGAAAAUAAACUAAUAGAGUCGGCUUCAGCGAGAAUGGUCUGCUUCUCAAAGCGUCGCAAAGGACUAUUCAAGAAGGCAGAGGAACUCUCCGUCUUAUGUGGUACAAAGGUAGCCGUUCUCGCUUUUUCUCAGGCGGGAAAGCUUUACUGCUCCGACUUCGAAACCUUUGACACACUUCUCUGUCCUCAAACCCAACUCGAGGCCGACUCCUUUCUCUGCCCUCCACCUGCCGUUGCCGCUGAGAAGGAGGCCGAAAUAUGUUGGGAAUUUGAUUUUAACGAAGCAAUGGCCGGAAACUCUCUCCCUUUCUGGUAUAACAAACCAAACGUCCAGUGCAUGGACUGUGAGGAACUCCGGCGACUGGAGAGUGCUAUUUUGGAGUAUGGUCAUUUGCAAUUGGGCAGAAACUCUUGUUUGUAGGUCAUGUUGCAUUUUCAUGCAUGUAUUGUUUGCAUUUUUUUAUGUGCAGAUUGUUUGUUGCAUUUUCAUGCGUUGAAUGUUUGUUGCAUUUACGUGUUGUAAUCAUCACUAUAAUCAAUGUUUGUUGCUUAAAUUUGAUAUUCAUACACUAACUUC